UUGUUUUUCUAUUUUCUGGAUUCGGAUGCGUGCGGAGCAAAACCGGCAGCAUGGUCUCUCAGGGGAUUCAGCUAAUGGGCAUUUCCAUGUCCGUGAUUGGCUGGUUGAUGACGGUGAUAGUGUGCGCGCUGCCCAUGUGGAAGGUCACGGCCUUCAUCGGCGCCAACAUCAUCACGGCUCAGACCAUCUGGCAGGGCUUGUGGAUGAACUGUGUGGUGCAGAGUACGGGGCAGAUGCAGUGUAAGGUCUACGACUCCAUGCUGGCGCUGCCCCAGGACCUGCAGGCCGCCCGCGCCAUGAUCAUCAUCUCCAUCCUGGCCGGGAUCUUCGGGGUCAUCAUGUCCAUCGCCGGCGCCAAAUGCACAAACUGCAUCGAGAACGAGCGCUCCAAAGCCAGGACGUGCAUCCUGUCUGGAGUUCUGUUCAUCGUCUCGGGGCUCCUGUGUCUCAUCCCCGUCUCCUGGACCGCCAACACCGUCGUCUCUAACUUUUACAACCCGCUGGUGCUCUCGGCGCAGAGGUACGAGUUGGGGGCGUCGCUGUACAUCGGAUGGGCGGCCGCUGCGCUGCUGUUCAUGGGAGGGGGGCUGCUGUGUUGGAACUGUCCACCCAAAGAGGAAUACCGCCACUAUGCGCCCAAAUACACGCCGCCAAAGACCUCCUCCACGUCCAGAGAGUAUGUGUAAGACUGUAGGGGAGGAGCGCCGCCGUGAUGUCAUGACCUUAUGAUCAGUUAGAGUUCAGCCUAUUUAAUUCAGUUACUGUUUCUAAUCAAAACGCUGUGAUUUCAAAGGAGCUACGUCUUAAUAUGUUCAUUUCUGUAAACAGCCUGUAUGGAGAAUAACAUAAAACUAGGAUGAGGUGCCUUUGAGUCCAAACUAGUGCAGAUAUUUGACAAACACAUGUUUUUCUUCUAUAUUGGUUCCUCUCGUCCACACUUUAAAGUCAUUUUAGGACAUAAAACAGAGAUUUUGAAAAGUAUUUCCAUGGUGUAUAUUUUAUAUUAGUUGGUGUUUAUCCGUAUGUUCAGGGAAAAUGUAGAGAUUGUUAAACGGUGGCGUCUUACCACAUUUAACUCAUGCCUGUUAAUUCUUUGUAUAAUGAAUCAGAAUCAGAAUAAUUUAUUAAUCCGAGUUACUCCAUUCAGUUAUAAAGUAGCAGAAAAGAAAUGAUCAAAACAACAAAAAGAAAAAAAAUGUGUAUAUACAUAUUUAUAUAAAGCUCUAAAUAUGCAAACAUAUAUAUAUAGCUCUGAAUAUAUAUCAAAUAUACAUAUUAAACCACUCUAU